AUCGUUUUUUCCUCAGACCUUAGUAAUGCCAUGAAUGCCACUCCAAAUAUAAAGGCUGUGAAUGGAAAAGCUGAAAGUAGCGAUAGUGGAGCAGAAUCAGAAGAAGAAGGGCUUCGUGAAGAGGAAGAAAAAGAACUGCAGCUAAAUGGAAAGGACUAUAAGAAUGUGAAACCAGAAUCAGCAGCUGCUAAGGAUUUGGAAAGCGUUGCUACUAAUGGCUGUUCCAAGGACAGCUUUAUCCCAGAUAUGCAGAAUGGCAUCCAGACCAAAUCUGCCCUGAAUGGCUUGAACACGGAGGAAGAAGUAAAGAAAAUGGAGCCAAGCCUAGACAUAGCUAAUAACAGUUCCCACCAAGGUGCAAAUGAAGAGAAUACCGAAGAGGUCUCAGCCACCCAGCACUUAACCAGUGAUUCAGACAGUGAGGUUUAUUGUGACUCUAUGGAGCAACUUGGACUAGAAGAGCCCUUGGAGAUCAUCACGUCAGCUAAAGGAUCUUUAAAGCAUUCAUCCCAUUUCUUGGAUGUAGAUCACAGUCUUCUGUUAGAAAAUACGGAUUUCCCAAGGCACAUCUGCAUGACUUACGGGAAUCUCCAACCUGGAAAUACUGCAGAGGGAGCAGCUCAAGAAGAAGGCGAAGUAAAGUGUGGAGGAGAAGAUGGCAAAGCCAGUAAUGGGGGCCCUCACAAGGAGAAAAAAGGUGGAGAAAAGGCGGAUUUCUACAGUGUCCGAAGAGGGAGAGGGCACAGACUUCAGCCUCUGGGAGACGGAUCACAAGGCGGACAGCUGGGGAGCGGGGGGGAUGGAGAGCGCUGGGGAUCAGACAGAGGACCCAGGGGUAGCCUCAAUGAACAGAUUGCAGUGGUCCUGAUGCGGUUGCAAGAAGACAUGCAGAAUGUCCUUCAGAGGUUGCAUAUGCUGGAGGCGGUUACAGCGUCACAGGCCAAAUCUGCAACACUACAGUCAAAUUAUCAGCCUGCCCCCUCGGUCAAGAAACCGUCCUGGUGGCCCUUUGAAAUUUCACCUGGUAUUUUAGCUUUUGCUAUCAUAUGGCCAUUUAUUGCCCAGUGGUUGGUACAUGUGUAUCUUCAAAGAAAGCGAAGAAAACUGAACUGAGAAUUCGUGGCAUUGCUUAAAGACUGCUCAGAGAAGAUGGCCCUGGAAAGCGAAGGAAUUCUGAAUUCUCAUAGAAUCUCAGGAUCUGGGAUGACGUUCCUUCUGUUAUAGUAACAUUUUGUACUACCUUUGAGCUAAACAUUUAAGGACUAACGUUACUGAAACUUGAAUGAUUCGCGGCUCCUAGGUUACAAAUAAAAUGAAUUUAAUAAUUCCAUCCU